UUCGUUCUGCUAUUUUAAAAAACACCAUUGUUUUGGAAAAGUAAGGGAUUAAAAUUGCUUAUUUAUUAUUGCAUUUAUCGUGAAAAAAGGAUAUUAUUAAAUUAAAAUUAUGUUUCUUACUUCAUUAUUAUUAAAAGAAGGGAAAAAGAAAAGCAGAUUCCUUAUGGUUCAAAUACAAAGUAUGGUGAGUGGCCACAGAAUUGUGCUUGUGCGCCCUAGGGAUGCUGAGAAAUUUGAAUUAAUCAAAUUUGAUCCAUGGAUUCAAAGGGAAGCAUACUACAAAGAGGUGAAAAAAAUUCGUCCACUUUAAGGUAGAAAAAUAGAUAAUUUACUUUUUAAUAAAUAAAAUAUAUUGAUGAAUUGUCUGCGAUUAUUUGUUUGUACAUAAUUAUCUUAAAAAGAAAAAAAAAAUUAUAAGUCUGAGAAUUUAUUCUCAUUACUAGAAUAUUUUAAGUAUCCUCUUUAAAUAGAUGAGGAAAUUAAUAAGCUUCGUUGUAAAAUGAUUUUACAAUAGAUUAAUAGCGACGAUAUUGUUGCAUAUUUUAAAUAAAGAGAAAUAUGAAUUAUUUAAUUCAAUUAUAAAUAA